UUUUUUGCCGGGCGCGAGACUUGCGAUGCCGAGGUCACCGACACGAGUCGACGCGCUCGAGGAGAUCUCCGGCUGGGACACCGAACAGGCCUUUAUCAGCCACAGCCAGCGCCUAUCAGCCAGCCUAUCUAUUUUCAACGUGGCGUUAUCGACGCCCGCUUUGCGCCCUUAUUGGACAUGACACAUGACACUUGUUUCAUGUCAAAACAGCUUAUUAAAUGGUUCCAAAAGACCACGCUUAUGGAUUGUUAAUGUGGAAUGAUUUUCUCCAGUAUUUAAGGUUUUUAAUGCAGAACCGCUUUCUGUUUUUGUGAAUGCUGAGUUUAAAAGGAAUUAACAUAAAAAUUGACUGCUAUAUCGGUAUUUCGAGCUUGAUUAAUGUGACGGCUCUAAUAAGAGAUUGAUAACGUUAUAGAUAGAAGAUGGCCAAUUUGGAAAUAUAUUUUAUGGAUUAAGAAAGAAGAUCAGAAUGCAGAAGAGGAAGCUUGCGUAUUUGUAUUAAGUUUCUUGGAAUUGUGCGAGAGGUUUGAAGUAACUGGAUAUGGGAGUGAUGUUUGAGAAUGGACUGCAAGAAUGCUGCAAAGCUGUCACUAAACGUCAAGUUGAUGGGGAUGAGUUUUUACACUUGACUGAAGGAAAAUUGUUGUUAUGGAAAAGUGAUCUGAGUCGACCACAGAUAUGGAGUCUCUGGACGUUUGUAGAAGAAGUAAAAAAGUGUCCUGAGAAAUAUUUGGAAGACAAAACUGAUCAACAGAUUAAUGAAGAAUUGAAAAGCGCUAUUGCUUCUCCGGGAAUGGGGUUGGAAGAUAAAAGUAAUGAGAACGUUACACAAUUUCGUUCCAACUCUAUGAUUCCUUCAAAGGUGCUUCAAAGAGAGGAUCAGGCAUUCAAGCAGCAUAUCGUCAAUGAGAAAAACUUAACAUGUCCUAAUUCUGAAGAAAAUUGUAUGUAUGCUAAUUCAGAGUCCAAAGUAGGGGAUGAAAACAUAUAUUCUAAUGUAGAAGUUGAUAUUGAAUCAAAAAAGUCCAGCAUGGAAAUGAGAACAAAAAAUAUGAUGAUCUUAGCUAAGGAACUUAGGGAACAAUUAAAUUUAAGAGAAACGGUAAAAUUGAAAACUGAAACUGUACUUAAGAAACCUGCAUCUCCCCCAUUGGAAACCAAACAAAACAACGAACCUUUACAACAUUCCGAAUUUAAUGAGAGGACUCUUCCGAAACCUCCUGCUAUAAUAAGAAAUUUGGACCUUGUUGCUAAUUUACCAACUCGGAUGGAAGAAAGUGAGGAUGAUUAUGAAAGUUUUGAUGAGCAAAUCGUUCAGCAGCAUCGUCAGGGAAAUGUGCUUAAAGAUGAGAAUAGACACUCUCUUGCAGGUAGUUUCCAAAGUUCUAUGGAUAGUGUUUAUCACCCUCCCAGUACAACGAGUCAAGAGGAAGAAGAAUAUGAAAUAUAUGAAUCUAUCACUGAAGUUGGAGAUGAUGACGAGUAUUAUUUAAGGCCAAUUUCUCGAGUGAAACCUGUAGAUGUUCCCCCACCACUGCCUGAUAAGCUACCAUCAACUCCAUCUCCUGUACCGAGCAUCAAAGCCUCCGAGAAGAAAGCAGAUAGAUCAAGGGAAAAGAAAUUUGCAACAUUGCCAAAUUCUGGAGACGAAUCUUCGGGGCGAUCUGAAAGAGCUAGUAGACCUUUACCUCCUCCUCCUGAUAGAUUAACUUACUUGGACAAACCGUGGUUUCAUAAUGUAACCAGAAAUCAAGCAGCUGCUCUUAUAAAAGGACAAACUUCACGUGGCGUUCCAAGAGAUGGGUAUUUUUUAUUGAGACCUUCCUAUUCAAAUCCUAGUAAUCCUCUGACGCUCGUUGUGUGGUGUAAGGAUAGAGUAUACAAUAUUCCAGUCAGAAAAAGAGCCGACAAUUGGUAUGCCCUUGGAUCGGAAAAGUCAAAAGAACCAGUAUUCGCAAGCGUGGAAGAAAUUGUUUCAGUGUACUCGAGGGAAGAGUUAUUACUUGAUUCGGAAGGAGUACGAACUGAAAGUACAAAACUGACGGAAACUCCUUCGAAAUAAUCUCUGGACUACUUAGAAGUAUUUUCUACACAUUCCUUUAAGAGUAUGAACCAAGAAAAAACGUAACAUAAUAGCGGCUGUUACAUCCAAAGCGGAUUAUGAUAAUUUUAUUACAUUAGAGUAAAUUAAGUAUUCUUGUGCGCGCGUUUUCGAAUUCUUCUCAGAAAUAAAAUACUCACGACAUGCUUAUUGUCGUAUGUAUUACAAUUUUAAUAGAUCGUCGUCUGAGAAGUAUUCAAUAUUGGCUCGGGCAUAUACAGAAAUAGGGUUUAUAGUACGACCGUGGUUUAUAGCUUAUAAUUAAUAUUGAAGUACUGGAUGCCUUAAAGUAUGGAAUAUAUUUUUAAUGGUUUAUCAUAGCAUGGAAACAGAAAUUGGAAUGGAGUGUUGAAAUGAAUACAUAUUGCAGACCGUUUGGCGACUAUCGCACAUAUAAAAUGCAAGAAUUGCAGUCAUAAUAAACGGAAUUUGCGUUGUGCUGACAACUCGUUUAAUGGUAAUUGUGAAAAACCGUUCUGACCGGAAUAGUUAUCGCAUAGCAAUAGACUGAUGUUUCAAGACGCAAUGCGGUAGUAAAAUGAUAACGUUAUUGUUAAAAUAAGAAAAGCUCUCGAUACAUUAAUUUGACCAUUUUAAUAAUCCAUUAAACAGUUACGAUUAUUAUAUCAUGUAUUAGCAACGCAUCAUUGAAUAAUUUGGGAAGUUUUAAGUCCCGGAAUUUUAUGAUAUGUCAAGUUUGAUAUCACAUAUAGUUAAAAUGUUUUACUUGAAUAGACAUAUUUAAUUGAUGCCAUUUAUUGAUUAUAUUAAUAUUCUACAUUGAUUUAUAGCUUGACUUGAUUUUUAACAUUUGAUUUGGUGCAAAUUUUUAUUGAUGUGAAAUUUUAGGUCUUUAGAUAGACAGAUUUAUUUAAAUAUGAAAAAUCCGUCCUUAGCCUUUUAUUCGGCUACUAAUUACAGGCGAUCUCGCAUAAAAUUAGAAGCUUGUCAUGAUUUUCGAAAAAAAUUGGAUGAGUUUCCCAUAUAUCACGAUAUUAUGCUCUAACAAAUGUCUUUCAUAAUCUGAGAUCUAGUGUUAUUUAAUUUUAUUAAAUAUACGUAUCUAAAAUACAUAUCUUAUAUCUCUGAAAUUGACUUAUUAUGACAUUGUCAUUUUUGUUCCAUUAAGUUGAAAAUUCUUAAUUACGGAAAUGCAAGUAUUUACCACUGUUGAGUAUAUUUAAUAGAACCAUAGUGAAAGUGGCUGCAUCCACCGAGAAUAUAAAUAACGAAUAAUUUGAUUAUGUAACUCCGUAUUUUGUAUUUAUUUUAGAGGAUUCUAUUUAAGAUUUUCAUCGGAGUAAAGGAUUACUCAUGUUUAAGAAAGUUGCAAUAUUGUAUUAUUUACAAACAAUAAUAGUAUUUUAAAAUGUGCGUUAGUUAGCUUUUGUUAAGUGGUAUCGUUGAGUUCAAUGGCUUGUACGUUGCAAUUGUGCCUUUUUGCUUAUCACUCUUGCGCUUAUUGUAAGAGUCUAAUUAAUGCAAGUGAUGAAGCUAAAAAGGAAAGAUAGAAAGUGGGCGGAGCUAUAUUUUCCACCGGAGCCACUUUGCUUAGUGCUUAGACAUGUUUAUAAAAUGUUAAGAAAUGAGACGAGAACUUAUACAUGAUAUGUAUUGUAUACAUAGAUGCUGUACUAAUGGAACCGUCCAAAACUAUUUCAUCUCCGAGACCUUUGUAAGAGGUAACAAUUGAAGACUGCAGUGGAAAAGCGAUUUAAGCCAAAAAAAGUAAACAUCGAGAUUUUUAUAACUAAAAGUAUUGAACAAAAUAGUACAUAAUGGCCUUUACAUUUACAUAUCGAAAUACGUUAAUCGAAAUAUAAAGGUGUUUUUUAAAAUCGUAGUUUGCUACUGGUGGGUUUUCUUAAUAGGUAAAUUGCGAUUAUUAUAAAAUAGCGCAAAUCUGAUCUAGAUUAUUCUUCCUCUGCAGUUUUCAAUUAUUUUCAUGCCGUUAUUGUCGAACUUCGGAAACUUUUGAUUGACUUGGGGAAUAAUAUUCGCGUAUGUACAUUUCCACGUUUUUCUACCAAUUUUUUACCAGAAUAUAAAAUGAGAUAGGACGAACGACUAAAUUUCUCUUAUCUUCAAUAAGUGCAUCAUUAAUAUCUGUAUCAGCAAUGAACGACUGUACAUAACGUGCUGUCACAAGAUUUUCAUUUAAGAGACACGAUGUAAGUUUACGAAUUUUCUAACAUGUCAUUGUAAUUUUAUAAAAUGCUGAAUAGAUAUUAAAUCUAUGUUUUUACCGUG